CUGAAAAGGGGGGAAAAGAACACAAUACAUUCAUCCUUGUGUUUCCGUUCCCGCCAUUGCAAAGGGAAAAAAAUGGCUUCUGCGCCAUCGAGAACCCUAACGGACUUUUUCCAACCCGCUUCGAAGCGCUUGAAGCCCACUCUGCCCGCAUCAUGCAAAUCCGACGACGCCAAUGCUUCCACGCUCUCCGUCGAUCAGAAGUUGCGCAUGGAAUACAACAAGCUCCUCGCCAAGUCCAAGAGGAAUCUCAAACUCUGCGUCGAGAGGGUCUCCAAAAGCAAAGUUCAAAACGCAGAAUCAGGUUUAGGUGGCGUGAAGCUGGAAGAGCUGCUGGUGGAAGAAACGUGGUUGGAAGCUCUACCUGGUGAACUCCAAAAACCCUAUGCCCUCACUCUCUCCAAAUUCGUUGAAAGUGAGAUUUCGGGCGGAGACGGCGUCAUUUUCCCUCCGACGCACUUGAUUUUCAACGCUCUUAACUCCACGCCUUUUCAUACAGUGAAAGCUGUUAUCCUUGGCCAGGACCCUUAUCAUGGUCCUGGUCAAGCAAUGGGGCUUUCAUUCUCGGUUCCCGAGGGAAUCAAAGUCCCUUCCAGUUUGGUAAAUAUAUUUAAGGAACUUCACCAAGACCUUGGCUGCUCCAUUCCAACUCAUGGAAAUCUUCAAAAAUGGGCUGUGCAGGGUGUUCUCUUGCUGAAUGCUGUUCUCACAGUCAGGAAGCAUCAAGCAAAUUCUCAUGCCAAAAAAGGCUGGGAACAAUUUACUGAUGUUGUUAUCAAGACCAUCUCACAGAAGAAGGAAGGAGUUGUGUUUCUGUUGUGGGGAAACUCUGCUCGGGAAAAAUCUAGGUUAAUUGAUGCAAGAAAGCAUCAUGUUCUUACUGCUGCACAUCCUUCUGGUUUGUCUGCAAAUAGAGGCUUCUUUGGCUGCAGGCACUUCUCUCGCACUAACCAACUUCUGGAGCAAAUGGGGAUUGAUCCAAUAGAUUGGCAACUAUAAUUAUUACCUAUAGUUUCAAGCUUCUUUUUUCCCUUUGAUUAGGAUUAUCUUUGAAGCCUACUGCUGUAAGUUUGCGGAGCUUCUGAAGUCAAUUUCCUUAAUGUGUAGAUGAUUCUGUCGAUUUCAAAUCUACCUAGAAAAGAUGCUUUUUGUCGAUAGUUUGCUCCUGCAGUGUUGCUACCUUGGAGAUUCUGCUGUAAUGAGUAAUGACCAUUACUAUAUAGGAUUUUGGCUUAACUAUAUUCUUGGACACUAAUUUCGUGUAUUAUCUAUGUGCUGUCUUAUUAUUAA